AUGUCCACCUCUCUUCAACAACGCCCUCGGGCGGCUCUGCAGCCCGGUGACAUCCUGGUGGCCAUCCAUGACUUCGAUGCAAGAAGUGCUGAUGAGCUGACCCUCCGGAAAACCGAUCAGAUCGUCUUGGUUGAGUUGGACGAUGGGUUUGGCGAUGGAUGGUUUCUAGGGAAGCAUCUUGGGACAGGGACAACAGGUCUCUUCCCUGGAGUCUACACUGCUAAGCUUCCUCCAAACUUCGCACCUGUGGGCGCUUCAGCCGCCAAAAGCCCUCAAUUCCUUGGGACACCGUCCCCCGAGUCAAAAAGCGAACCACUCAGACAAGCAAGCCCGACCACUGACACCUCCGGACACCGCACACUCUUAUCGCCCACCCCGCCACAGUCUAAUCUGCCUCUACGAAGCUCGGUACCGUCGUCCCCCACCUCGUAUAUUCAUCGGAGCAUCAGUCAGGCUCUGUCAAGCAGAGGAAGUGGAGAGGAAAGCCCAGUUAUGAACGAAACAUUAAGCGUUAUCAACGAACACAUUACGGAUCUGAGCACGCCCCGUCAGAGCCUGUCCCCGCCGCUGCCGUUGAAGGAAGAUUCCGAGAGUGAAUAUAGCAGCCAUCUCGACCGAGCCUCCUACAUCGCCGGCCCUGAGACCGACAGCGAGGACAACCCUCGCCCCACCGAAGCCGAGGUCAAGCAAUGGGACGCGAAAGAGACGGCCGAAUACCUGAGAAGCCUAGGGGUUGACUCAAAACACUGCGACAUUUUUGAAGAGCAGGAAAUCACAGGCGACGUUUUGCUAGAAAUGGACCAGUCCUUCAUCCACAUGAAGGAAUUCGAUUUUGGCCUGAUGGGCCGCCGUCUGAAGACAUGGCACAAGAUCAGAGAUUUUCAGCAUCAAGUCCGCAGCGGCACAGCGUCGCGAAAGAGCAGCCUCAAGCCGAAUGGCUCUAAUGAGGACGUCGCGCGGGUCCCGGGACGAAGCACUACCUUGUUGCCACGAAUACCCAGUCUGAUGGAGCAACCAGGACUCUCUAUCCGCCAGACGCAGCACACUUUCCCAUAUGUCAUACCUACCUCACCACCGUCCUCCGAGCAACCCAUGUCUCCGUCUUCCUUUACCCGGUCCCAGCUUGAACGAAGCACGCCCCCAUCCCCUUGGAGAGCUUCGAUGGCUGCUGACUCUCCGACACGACGGUCGGCCUCUUCGAUACGAGAACUCAACCAGUCUCGCCGUCAUUCCUCGAUCGACUUCGCCAAACCAGGGGUUCAGGAUAGCUCGGCGGCGGUCGGCGCCAGCCUUCCCCCCCCGCAUAAGAAAAAGGCAUCAUUCGAUAAAAACUGGUCGAUGAGCAACGCAACGACUGCAAACAACGGCGGGAGCACCCCGUCGCUGAGGCUGCAUAUCAGCAAUCCGGCGACCAGUGUGGACCUGGAAGGAGAUGCUGGAUUCAGCGGCGAGCUUUCUAACUUCGAUCUUGACCGCGGCUACUUUAGUGGGAACGAGGUCGACAAUAGAAAGGCGAGGAACCUCCUGAAGAAGCGGGGAGGCAUGGAAAGUGCAAGCCAUUCCCGUCAAUCGAGCGUGCUCGAUGACUCGUCCAAGGAUGGUGUAGGCAUGAAACGACAUUCGCGACUCAGCAGCCUUGAUUCCAUCCGAGGCGCCGCUCCCAUUACUUCGGCCGCAAAAGCAUAUCACAGCAGAUCAUAUAAAGGACGAUUUCGCUCUGCCAGUGCGAGGAAUUUGACCAUGCAACGCUCACCCAUCGCACAGUCCCCGACAGUGACGAACUUAGAGGAUGACGGUCUCUCAGCAGUGUCCUCACCCAAGGCCGUCGGUGGAUCAGCAUCCCCUGCUACCGCCGCUGCAGCAGCCCCAGCUCCCUGGACGUCAUCAUCAAAGGCACGAAAAUUGUUGGGUAUCCGAGCUGCAUCUGAGGCUGUUACCGGCACCGAGAAGGAAGCCGCCACUUCUUCAAACAUUACAUCCGACCCCUUGAGGGAGAGCCCGACCGCGUCACCUUCUGGGUCCCAAACUCCCUCGGCGACGUCGCGUAGCUUCGAAAUGGACAAUACGGACACCUCUUCCAAAGGUACAACUGAACAGCUGGGGCCUUUGUUGCACACGAAAACCCCCGUGCGGACCAAUCCAAAGACCAAGCGACAAACAAGCGCCUACACAAGGGGCUUGCUCCAAAUAUCGCCUGCGGAAGCACGGAAGCACUGUGAUCAUUACGGAUGGAUGAAGAAAAGAUCUAGCGGCAUUGUGUCACAGUGGAAACCGAGGCUGUUCAUCCUUCGAGGCCGUCGGCUCUCAUAUUACUACUCAGAGAACGACACAGAGGAGAAGGGGAUCAUCGACAUAUCCGGGCAUAAAGUUCUUGUCACGACGGCCGACCCCAUCACCUCCCUUCAAGCCACCAUAACGGGAGCCAAAUCUACGCCUCCCAUCAGUGUCUCUGGAUCGUCUACAGACACUUCGCCAAAUGCCACACGGAACGCGGGAGGAAGCUCGCCUUUCUAUUUCAAGCUUGUCCCCCCCAAAGCCGGAGCUUCCAGAGCAGUCCAGUUCACGAAGCCUACCAUUCACGUUUUCCAGGUUGAAAACAUCACUGCGGGAAGGAAAUGGAUGGCUGAGAUUCUGAAAGCCACCAUCGAGCAUGAUCUAGCAAACUUUGAGACUACCAAUCGGCAAAAGACCAUCAGCUUGGCGAAAGCCCGGGCACGAAAAGAACGACCCCCGGCCCUGAAAGGCACAGAGGAUAUAGCGGAAUUGGCUGAGAGGCCGACUCCACAGGAAGGGAAGAGCGAGCAAGAGAGUGGCUUGAAUAUAAAAGGACUGGAUUUCAACGAGUCGGACAUGAAUCUUCAAAUCGGCACAGGUCUGAUGAGCGGGACUACAGCACGUCCCGAGGAUGAUGCGGACCAGGAAAUAAAGACAUGA